AGGGGAAGACGACGAAGAAGAAGGAGGAGGCGGGGGGAAUCAGAAGUUGCCAGCAUGGCGUUUACACUCUAUUCACUCAUCCAGACUGCUAUUUUGUGCACAAAUGCCAUCGCCGUGUUGCACGAAGAGAGGUUUCUCAGCAAAAUUGGAUCGGGCGUGGACCACGGAGUGUCAGGUUUUGGAGAUGACCCAGGAAUCAAAGCCCAAGUCCUGAAUCUUAUUCGCUCUGUCCGAACUGUCAUGCGAGUGCCUCUUAUCAUCGUGAAUUCGGCCUCCAUCGUGCUGCUGUUGCUUUUCGGGUGACGACGGAGCAGGAAAGACAAACUGCGGGGCCAAGCAACGAUCUUUCACACACAUUCAUGCUUGUUUUCCCAGGUGACAUUAAGGUAAAAGUGCAUUUCCAAAAACCUGUCAGUGUUACGUUUCAGCAGAAUCUGUAGUUAUGAUUUGUAUUUGUAAAGCAAGAGGCUCAAAGUGCCACAUUUUUGUUUUAGUUAUGAUAUUUGUUAUGUGAUGUUACACUAAUAACUAUUUUCUUCGUCACCUAGGACACAAACGCUAAGAUGUGGACGUUUUGCUGAUAGUUUAGCAUAUAUCGACCUACAUUGGAUUCAUUGUAGCAUCUUUAAUGUAUACAAAUGUAUGAAAGUGGCCCCCCGCCCCACAUCGUGUCAUUUUCCUCUGUUGCUCUACACUUGAUGGCAUCUAUUUGACGUUCAUCAUGAAGGCAGCUUUUAAAGAGUUGUGCCAAACGUGCUUCUGUUUAUAUCACCUUAAUGUUGCAAUGUUCUUCUCAAAAUAAACCUUUUCUUUUUUUUUAAAUGUCAUAAUCCAAUCUCUUUUCUCUUUCUCUGUUGUAAAUAUUUGAGCUCCACGUCGAAACACCCCCCCCGCUGCUCCACUUCCCUGGUAA